CGAGGGGGAUACGUGGAUUUUAUUCUGUUCCUUUGAGAACGUUCGGUGCCCUUUCAUGAUUCAGAGAACCUUCUUUAGCAUGUUAUUGUUGCGGUGACGCCAUUCGUUCCUUCACAAUGUUGGCUCGCUCCCCGCGUUCACUCGUUGCCUUUUUUGUCGUCUUGUUGCUAUUCUUCUACCUACGCACAUCCAGCGACUCCCCGCAACCUGCGUCAAUAACACACUCGACCUCAGAGCCGACGGUUGACCUGAAAUCUACCCAGCUCCGACCUGAAACGAACAAUGUUCCUCCCAAAACGAGGCCCCAGAGCCCUGGUGAAUUGCUCCCAGGGCAGGAAGACAACAGACAAGAGAAAGAGUCCAUGUCCGACCGCUUGUUCGAUUAUUUGAAAGGGCACAGUUCACACGCGCAGAACUCACACUCACCCGUUCCACAUGAAGAGCACCUUUAUUCUCAAACUCCAUCAGCAGGAGCAGCACAGAGCGCGCAUAGCGAUCCCAUUUGCGCUAGCUUGCCAGAUGUGUCCGAUGUCCUCGUAGUCGUGCGAACACCGGCCGCAGAUUUAUAUAAGCACCUUCCUGCCCAUUUCCUCACAGAUCUUCGCUGCGUUGACUUUGAACUGUUUUCAACUGUUCAUCAGAACAUUGGACCGUACACAGUGCACGAUGCUUUGGCAAACGUGAGCGACAGUAGACGAAGCAAACACAGGGAUUUUGAACUUUACGAUAAGCUACAAGCCGCUCAGAAUGCUGUAUCCGAUCUCUCCGUGCACACCGAGGACAAUGAUCACAAUCUUGAGCGCUGGACAAUUCUACCUCACGUCCUUGCAACUUACAAAAUGCACCCUAGAAAGAAGUGGUACGUUUUUAUUGAGAGCGAUACUUAUCUGUCCGUUUCCAACCUAAUGCCAUGGCUCAACAAAAUGAAUCAUACUCAGCUCAUCUAUGCGGGCGCCCCCGUUAUGAUCGGGGAUUUUGAACUUGCACAUGGAGGUUCGGGCAUUGUUCUUUCCAAUGCUGCAAUGGAGAAAUUGCAUAAUCGGUCUUUGGAGCGCUUGGAUGGUUGGGAGGAAGCAACUGGAAACAGGUGUUGCGGCGACCAGAUAUUGGCUGAAGCAUUGAAAGACUCCGGUGUCCGCUUACAUAGGAGUUUUCCCAUGAUCCAAGGAGAGACACCAUUUUCAUUGGACUGGAGUGAGCGACACUGGUGCAGGCCGGCUAUAACGUGGCAUAGAAUGACACCGCAGACGCUUGACAUGCUAUGGCAAUUUGAAACGUCAUGGGCACGUAAGCAUGCAGAUAAUCCCGACAAACCGCCUAUGCGAUUCAAAGAUUAUUUCCAAAUGUUUUUGAUACCACUCAUUCGGCAAGGUCAGAAUAGAACAGAUUGGGAUAACCUCGCAAACAGCUUGAUCUACACAGACCAGAGCCGGUCUCAAUAUGCGCACUACAGUUUUGAUGCAUGUCGUGCCGCAUGCGAUCUUAGACAGUCGUGCGUGCAGUAUGUCUGGGAGCCAAAUAAAUGCCGUCUUGGUACUGUUGUCAAGUGGGGCGAAAGCGUUACGCCUGACAAGCGAAUGACUUCAGGUUGGUUGGUACAGCGGGUUGAGAAGUUUGGAGAUAGCGUCAGUAAAGGCUUCUGUCCUGAUGGUGACAUUUGGAUUCUGCCUGGAGAUGAGGAGACAGAGCCUAAACCUGAAGAUGCCAAAGAACCAAUUAAAGACGCCCUACAGAUAGAGGAGGAGCAAAUUCAGGCAAAAGCGGCCGAGGAAGAGCGAGCGAAGGCUGAGGCAAAGGCCAGAGAGGAUGCAGAAGCAGAGGAGAAAGCAAAAGAGAAAGCCAAAGAGGAGGGAAUGCCAACGGAAGAAUCUGAAAACGGAGGUGAGAGUAAAAGCAAAGCCAUGACCAAGGACCAAGACCCAAAUCAGGAGACAAAGACAGAGAAACCAGAUAAUUCGGAUGCAACGCCAACCGAAAGCGAUGAGAAACCUUGGGCCCCGAACGAAGUGAAACAAGAGGAGGAGCCCGAGGAGAAGUCACACAAUCCAGAAAACCAGCUAGAGAAGGCUUCUGAAAAGCCGGGCGAGCAAUCAGAGGAAGUAAGGCAACCACCGUCAGAGGAAAAAGAUAACAAGACAGAGAAAAAGCCCAAAGCUAAGACGUACACUCCUAAAUCUUCAGAUGACCACAGAGUUUAUGUUGACAAAGAGAAGAGUGUUAAGGGUGAGUCAAAGCUUGUUUUUGAUCAUUCCGUGACGCGGAAGGGGAACAAAGUGAGCGUGGGCAAGAAGGCUGGUAAUGAGAAAGAAUAAAUCAUUGAAUAAGAGAUCGGGGAAUACUCGACAUCCGUAAUCAACAUGGCUUUGAAUGAAUAUACCUAUAUAUAUAUGGGUUGAUUGUCUACAGCGAUCAUGUAGAAUUUUGCUGUCGCCUCCCAGAAACGAACGCAUACCCAAUCACGUCAACACUCGCUGUUUCUGGCCCCAUUUAUAUAGCUUUUCCAAUAGCAGACGCCGCCCGCGUGAAUUGCUCUUUGCCUUCGACGAAAUGAGUACCCCCAAAUCAUAAUGAAGAUAGUUUGGC